AUGGAAGCUUCACAUUUGCAAAUCUACUGGCAUGAUUCACAACCCGUUUACUCGCUCACAUUCCAAAAGAACAGUGCGAACGACAAGCUUUUCACCGCUGGUGGUGAUAACAAGGUUAGGAUAUGGAAGUUGAACAGAGAUGAAAACGGACAAAAUGGGGGGGUGCGUAAGAUUGAAAGCCUUGACUUUCUUGGCUCGCUGACGCAUCACGAACAGGCCAUAAAUGUAAUCCGAUUCAACUCGAAGGGUGACGUACUGGCGUCUGCGGGCGAUGACGGCCAAGUGCUGCUAUGGAAGCAAGAAGAUCCAAAUACACAGCAAGAAUCUGUGGUCAGACCAUUCGGAAUGGAUGCGGAGACUAGUGAAGCAGACGAGAACAAGGAGAAAUGGGUUGUGUGGAAACGGCUGCGUGGUGGUAGCGGUGCUACUGCGGCGGCAGAGAUUUACGAUCUAGCGUGGUCACCUGAUAACAGGAACAUAGUGGUGGCAUGUAUGGACAAUUCGAUACGACUGUUCGAUGUUGGAGCUGGGAUGCUGGUAUGCGGCCAGUCGGAUCAUGGUCACUACGUCCAAGGUGUUGCAUGGGACCCAUUAAAUCAGUUUAUUCUCUCACAGUCUGCGGACCGGUCUCUGCAUGUAUAUGGAGUCAUUCUUUCAUCUGCAGGAGUGGUUACAGGGCUGAAACUUAGAAGUAAGAUUGCCAAGGCAGAACUGCCUUGUCCAGGUGAUGUCCUGAGGACAAAUUACCUUUUUCACAACGAGACGCUACCUUCAUUCUUUAGGCGAUGCAGCAUAUCGCCUUGUGGUGGUUUGGUCGUAAUUCCCAGUGGUGUGUAUAAGGUGGCUGGUGAUGAAGUCGCGAACUGCGUAUACGUGUAUACUAGAUCUGGAAUACUGAACAGCGCUGGUGGCGUUAAAAACCGGCCUGCGAUUAGAAUCCCAUCUUUGAAGAAACCAGCGCUGAUGGCGGCUUUCUCGCCCGUAUUUUACGAAACGUGCCAGAAGAGUGUGCUUAAGCUGCCCUAUAAGCUAGUAUUUGCCAUAGCAACGACUAACGAAGUACUCGUGUACGACACGGAUGUAUUGGAGCCGUUAUGCGUUGUGGGAAAUAUACAUUACUCACCCAUAACUGAUUUAGCAUGGUCUGAGGAUGGCUCGACCCUACUAAUCUCAUCAACAGACGGAUUCUGUUCGUAUGUAUCGAUCGACACAGAAACGCAAUUCGGUUCAAGGAUAGAGCCGCCAGCGAUGCAUGCAGAGCCACUAGACACUGACGAGAGCGCGGUAGCGGCUAAGAACCAGCGCGAGGCAGGUGGGAUCGUGAACAUGCUGCCGGUGAAGAAGAUCCCCUGCAAUAGUAGCGAUAGUAAAAAGAGGCGCAUACAUCCUACGCCAGUCGAUUUGUGA